AUGUCCUCUUCCACCCCUUCCCGCUCUCCAAACAACUCGACAGACACGCCCAACACCCUCGCGAACACCCACGACCCCUCUUCGACCCUCAUCAACAGUGCGCCCUUCGAGCCGUCCUCCAGCGCGACAACACCCUCGAGGAAGGAUAGGAAGGGCAAGGGUCGUGAGAAGGAGGGCUUCGGAUCCUCCCCAAUCGCCUCCCUGCCGCUCGAACUGCUCGCGCACGUCUUCGCACACCUCCCUCCGUACGCUUUGGGGACGUGCCAACUCGUCUGUCGGGCGUGGCAUGAUGUUGUUGUCGACGAGGCGAGCUGGCGAACUGCCUUUGAGACGUACUAUGGUGUGACUCCGGACUCGCUCGGCAGGCGGACAGAGCCGUCUUCGUGGCGGUCAGAAUACAUCUCGAGGGUCUCACUUCUCCGACAAUGGCACCGCGCCCGAACGCCCACCAUCAUUCACAACCCCUCGCUUGGCGCCCUCUCGCACGUCCACAUCAGCCUUCCUUCCGCGUCUUCGCCCAUGCCCGGCACUUCGACUCCUCCCGCCUCGCCUCGCACUGCCGACACCACCUCCCUCACCUCGGCCACCCUCCUCUCCCUCUCACUCGACAUAGGUGCAGCUGUCCACUCAUCGCCCUUCACCGGCAAAGUCUCGAAACGCCCGCUCUUCGCCUCGCCAGUCGACCACCUCGGCCGCCCUCUCGGUCUCCCCAUCGUCUCAGCGACCUCCGUCGGUGUCUCCAUCGACGGCACCAAGAUCGUCUGGGGCAUGCGAGACGGCAGCCUCCGCUUCGUCAACUCGUCGCCGACUGGCGGGCGUGGAACAGCAGGCGGGACGAUCGAAGCUGGCGAAGUGCGGUCCUUGCCGGACGCGCAUCGCGAGGGCUCGGCUAUCCAGGCAACUGCGUUCAGCGGCGCUGGCGGGACCGGCGGAGGACGGAUGAUGGGCGGCAUCAAGCAACGGACGGAUGUGCUCGUGACGGCGGGAGCGGACGGUGUCGUUGCAAUCUGGAGCUUGACGAUCCCUGCAAGUGUGGCGGGAGCAGCAGGAGUACGGGAUCGUCCGCCUGUCGCGGUCAAGGCAUGGCAGGGAAGGUGGGACGUCGCGCUCGAUGCGGUACCGGCUACUGCGACCGGCACGGCGGCUGAGGCUGCACCGCGACGGAGGGUCAAGGCGACGUCCAUCGCCUUCGACUCGGGCUGGGUCGGGCGGUAUCACGGUCGACCAGCGAGCAUUGCUGUCGGGCGGAGCGACGGAAAGACGGUCGUCUGGCCCGCCGUCUACAUCGACGAGGAGAAGCCGACUACGGCUACCGAAGCGGACGCGCAGGUUUUGCCGGCGGGACAGGGCGGAAAGAUCGAUUACCUCGUCUUGGAUCCGCCGUCGAAUCCCUCGGCUUCUCUGUCCCUCCUCGUACACCAAGCCGACUCGCCCGCCUUCUCCCGCUUCGUCUUCUCUCCGUCUAGUCCGCCCAUUCGCACGACCUUCGGCCAUCCUCAGCCGGACCACCUCUCCGCACUCACAGCCUUUGCCGUCGACUUUGAUGAAGCGGCGACCUCGACCGCGUCUGUCCCCUCGACACCGGCAGAAGGAAGGAUCUCCUUCCCUUCGCGACCUCGUCUCUUUACGCCAUCGGCAAGCUCGUCCAGUCUCGCAUUCCCCUCCCUCUCUCGCUCGACUUCGGCGUCCUCGGUCUUCCCGAUCUCGACAGGCGCAGAUGCCGCAUCGGCCGGCUCUUUCGGACAGCGAAAGUACGUUGCGGCGGGUGACAAGGACGGCCGCGUGUUCUUGUGGAACUGGGAGACGAAGCAGAGCGAGGAGGAACAGGAGCGGGGCGAUCUCGUCGCGCCGUCUGUGCAGGUCCAGGGGCUCGAGAUUGAUGGUGGCGGAAGCGCGAGCAAGGUGACGGCGCUCGAACUGACUGACGCAGGCGUCUUUGUCGGAGGCCUCGACGGCACCCUCCGCUUCUACUCGACCCUCGGCACCGCCCACCUCCUCCAGCCGCCCAUCCGCUCCUUCCGCGACCGGACUGCGCCCCGGCAUCCGUCCCGAAUGCUCGCACAGGGUUUGAUCGCCGACGACGAGGAGAACCGCUGGCUAGUCUCUCACGUCCGAGCCAGUCGCGAGGCGGUUGUCGCUGCGAUUGGCGGGCGGAUCUUGGCUUGGCGGACGAGCAGCGACGUCAAGAAGAAAGGUAUCAAGGCGGCGGGAGGAAAAUUGACGGCGCGGCAGGAGCGGUUCAAAGCCAACAUGGAGCUGCAGCACCAGGUCCGCGAGUCGAUUAACGCCCUCUCUGCCGAAUCCGCCGCACGGCUCGAAAGGCGCAGAGAGGAGGAGCGAAUGUCGCACGACCUGGGUCUCCCGCCGACCCUCGACAACAUGACGGAGGAGGAGGCGGUCGCCUACGCCAUGCUCUUGUCGAUGGACGAGCAGGAGGCCAAGCUGUUCGAAAACUUGGAGGAGGAGCCGGACUGGGAGCAGGUCCCGGACGAGUUGCUCGACUCGGACGGGCUCGUGCUCGACGAGGACUACGAGCUGUUACAGGCAUCAACGUCGGCUGUACAUGACGAGGCGGAACACGACGAUGACCGACUCUCGCAGGCGACCAGUCGAGGAGGCCGCCGGCCCUCACAGGCGCCCUCACCCGCCAGCUCCCUCUCCGUGCCGUCAUCACCCUUCCUUGGCUCUUCGCUCUCGCAUCGCUCGUCAUCGUCGCCCUCGUCUCGCGGCGUCUCGUACAACUGGAAACCGGUCUCGCCCUCGCUCCGCGCCCUCGGCAGCCCACCCUCCUCCUUCAACCCGCACGCAAAGAUACACAUCAGCCCGCGACUCGGGCCGACGUACGGUUCGACAGGUGCCGCCUUCACGAACGACCCUAUCCCCGACAUGAGCCCGGAACUCUGGCCGGUCGCCUCGUCUCCCGCCUCUCCUCCUGGCGCCUCGUUCGGUGGACGGAGAACCUCAACCGGCGCAGCUUCCCCUCUCUCGCCUGCCACGACGCUCUCACCUUCAAUGGCCGCGGUCGCAGCGCCGAGCGGCACGCCUGUCCGUCGCGGCUGGUCCGAAGUCGCUCGCUCAGCCGCCUCGACUCCCGGUUCCGCCUCCCCGUCUCCAGCUUCCCGUCUUUCGACUUCGCCCAGCGCCGCGACCUCGUGGCCCUCUCCGCCGUCGACGUCGUCCCUACUCGCGGCCCAACUCCGGCAGAGCGAGAUCUCGGCCAAGGCGGACGAGGCUCUGCGACGACAGCAGCAGGAGGAAGAGGACUUGCGGUACGCGCUCGAGCUGAGCAUGGUCGAGGAGGCGAGUAGGCUGGAGAUCUGA